UGUUGGGUCGGGACCGGGGUCCGCGGCCACGGGGGGAAGGGGGUGGGUGGGCUGAGAGCAGCUCGGCAGCGAGGCCGGCCCGUCGCCCCUUCCCCCCACCCCCGCCGACCUUGCCGGCAGAAGCUUCCCGGAGCUCUUCACGCCGGCGCGAUGGCGACUGCUGGGGAGACGGAGGCCUCUCCGCCGACGGACGCGAGCUGGGAAAGUGGCGGCGGCGGGGACGACGAGAUGAAGCAGGCGCUUCCGGAGCUUGAAUCCUCCCCACAAAAUGGCGGCGGCGGCCUCAGCAUCGCGGAGCCCGGCGGCGGCGCCGGGCCUGAGGAGACAGCAGCGGCCUCGGCCGCCCCGAGCGUCAGCCACGAGCAGACUCAGGACUCGUCUGAGGCGGGCGCGGCCGCUGUGCCCAAAGGCCCCGAAGAGCCCGAAAGACCCGUUAGGAGGAGUUUUCAGAUCCCCAGGAAGAGCAGAGAAAAGAAAGCACUUUUUCAGCCAUUAACUCCAGGCUCUCGAGAAUUUGAAGACGUUCUAAAUAUUCUCCAUUCAUCUUACCUUGAACCAACCUCAGUAACAAAUUUUAACUACAAACGUGCUUGCUUGAUACAUAAUGAACUUUUGGAAAAGGAGUUCACCGAAAAGCGAAGAGAACUGAAGUUUGAUGGUCGUUUGGAUAAAGAACUUUCGGAAUCCUAUGCAUUUCUUAUGGUUGAUCGUUAUCAGGUGCAAACCAUAUGUGAAAAAGGAUUACAGGUGGGCCAGUCCAAAAUAACCAUUCUUGGCAGUCCUUCCAUGGGUAUCUAUCUUUCUAAGUAUGCUGAUUUAUUACAAGCUAACCCUUUGGAAGCUGGGGCAGUGGGCGAUGUUGUUAUUUUUAAAAUAAUGAAGGGUAAAAUAAAAAGUUUGGAAUCUAUAUUAAAUAAAAGUGCUUUGGACCCAACGCCGAAACAUGAAUGUCACGUGUCAAAGAAUGCCAAUAGAGUUACAUCACUUUUGGCUUACAGAGCCUAUGAGCUUACCCAGUAUUAUUUUUAUGAGUAUAUCUUUGAUGAACUCAGGCGAAGACCAAGACAUGUCUGUCCAUAUGCCGUUGUAUCUUUUACUUACAAAGAUGAUAUACAAACUCCGAAGUUUGUACCUUCAUCAAGAUCUAACAGUUUCAAUGCAGAUAGAAACACUGACAAAUUUAACUACACCUUGUGGAAAGGACAGCUUUUAAAUAAAGGAAAGCUUUUGUGUUAUAUUUCUCUGAGGUCAACCACUCGUGCUUUUUUGCCUAUCAAGCUUCCUGAAAAGUUAGAUGUUGAAACAGUUAUGAGUAUUGAUCAUCUGAAACAGAAAAUCCCUCCGGCGCUGUUUUAUAAGGAAACAUACUUAGGUCCAAGUGAAGUUUUGAAGAAUGGAAUGUAUUGCAGCCUUUAUGAAGUUGUAGAAAAGACAAGAAUUGGAAGUAACAUGGAGAGUUUACUACAAAAACUAGAGAAAGAAAAACUUGUUCUUGUUAAACCUUUGGGAGACCGAGGAUACCUAUUUCUUCUCUCUCCUUGUCAAAUGGUUUCUCCAUAUGAACAUCAGACUGCCAAGUCUCGAGUCCUGCAUGCUUUAUUUCUAUUUCAAGAAUCUAGAGGCAUAGUUACUUCACAAAAAGGUUCAACUAAUGCAGCACCACAGAAGAGACAUGAGAGCAUGACAGAUGUAUUAAAAAUAACUCAGUUUUUACAGUUUGCUUUGAUUCAGUGUCGAAAGGAAUUCAAAAAUAUGAAUACUAUAAAUUUUCAUUCUGUUGUUGAAAAGUAUGUAAAUGAAUUUUUUAAGCGAGGUUUUGGUUCAGGUAAACGAGAGUUUAUCAUGUUUCCAUACGAUUCACGAUUAGAUGAUAAAAAAUUCUUAUACUCAGCUCCAAAAAAUAAAUCCCAUAUUGAUAAUUGUUUGCAUGCCUAUAUUUUUCGGCCUGAAAUGUAUCAGUUACCAAUUUGUAAAUUAAAAGAGCUUUUUGAAGAAAAUAGAAAACUUCAACAGUUCAGUCCACUUUCAGAUUAUGAAGGCCAAGAAGAAGAAAUGAAUGGUACAAAAAUGAAAUUUGGAAAACGAAAUAACUCAAGGGGUGAAACUAUUAUACCUAGAAAGCACAAGUCCUCUCAUUCUUUGGAUUAUGAUAAGGAUAGAGUCAGAGAAUUGAUUAAUUUAAUUCAGUGUAGGAAAAAAAAUGUGGGUGGGGACUCAGACACAGAAGAUAUGAGAAGCAAAACUGUCUUGAAGAGGAAGCUUGAGGAUCUACCUGAAAAUAUGAGAAAGCUCGCCAAAACCAGUAAUUUAUCUGAAAAUUGCCAUCUAUAUGAAGAGUCUCUGCAGCCUAUUGGCUCUCUUGGGCAUGAUGCUGAUUUGAGACCUCAGCAGCAAGAUACCUCUAACUCCGGUGUUGCUGACAUCCAUCGGCUGUUUAACUGGCUAUCAGAAACACUAGCAAAUGCACGUCAUUCUGAUGCAUCCUUGACAGACACAGUCAACAAAGCCUUAGGAUUGAACACUGAUGAUGCCUAUGAAGAGUUGAGACAAAAGCAUGAGUAUGAGUUGAACUCUCCCGCAGAUAAGAAAGAAUAUGAGCAGCCUACUUGUGCAAAAAUUGAAAAUGUGCAUUUUAAGGGUACUCAGAGCCCAUUGUUAGAAAUUGAUACAUCAUUGUUAAAGUAUCCUGUUGCUGUUUCUACCAGUGAAGUAGGCACUGACCAUAAACUACAUUUGAAAGAAGAUCCAAAUUUAAUUAGCAUGAAUAAUUUUGAAGAUUGCAGUUUGUGUCCCACUGUUCCCAUUGAACAUGGAUUCCGCAGACAAUCUAAGUCAAAUGAUGUUGAAGAGACUGAAAUACAUUGGAAACUGAUUCCAAUUACAGGAGGGAAUGCAAGAAGCCCAGAAGACCAGCUGGGGAAACAUGGUGAGAAACAAACACCAGGUAUGAAAUCACCAGAAGAACAACUGGUGUGUCUGCCACCACAGGAGGCCUUUCCUAACGACCCUCGGGUAAUAAGUAGACAGAGAAGUUCUGAUUACCAGUUUCCAUCCUCUCCAUUUACAGACACACUAAAGGGCACCACUGAGGAUGACGUGUUGACAGGUCAGGUGGUGACAGUGGAGGAGCAGUGUGUGCCAGCAGCAGAGCCACCAACAAUGAGUGAAACCACAGAGAGGACAGUGUUAGGAGAGUACAGUCUCUUUUCUAGGAAGAUAGAAGAGAUUUUGAAGCAAAAGAAUGUUUCAUAUGUCAGUAGAAUUUCCACACCUAUUUUUUCAACACAAGAGAAGAUGAAACGGCUUUCUGAGUUCAUAUAUUCUAAGACUUCCAAAGCUGGUGUACAGGAGUUUGUAGAUGGCUUGCAUGAGAAACUAAAUACUAUUAUUAUCAAAGCAUCAGCCAAGGGUGGGAAUUUGCCACCAGUCAGUCCUAAUGAUUCUGGUACUAAGAUAGCAUUGAAUCCUCUGGGAAAGCCUGUCAUCCCAAUUUCCUCAAGUGACUUCAACAAUAAACAACUCCUUGAGCCACUUUGUAGUGAUCCUUUGAAAGACACCAACUCCAGUGAGCAGCAUUCCUCUUCAUCUUUGGGUUUAACCGAAGUAGAAGUGAACCAGCCACACCAUGCCACAGAGCUAAUGGUGACUUCUGACCAUACUGUACCUGGUGAUAUUGUCCGGGAACCAGUAGAAAAAGAAACAACAAAAUCGCCCAGUGAUGUAAACAUUUCUGCCCAACCAGCUCUUUCAAAUUUUAUAAGCCAGUUAGAACCUGAAGUAUUUAACAGUUUGGUUAAAAUCAUGAAAGAUGUCCAGAAAAAUACUGUGAAAUUUUAUAUUCAUGAAGAAGAAGAGAGUGUGCUCUGUAAAGAAAUAAAGGAAUAUCUUAUCAAAUUAGGCAAUACAGAAUGUCAUCCAGAACAGUUUUUGGAAAGAAGAUCAAAAUUAGAUAAACUAUUGAUUAUUAUUCAGAAUGAAGACAUUGCAGGUUUCAUUCACAAGGUACCUGGCUUGGUGACUUUAAAGAAGCUCCCUUGUGUUAGUUUUGCUGGUGUUGAUAGUCUGGAUGAUGUUAAAAAUCAUACAUAUAAUGAAUUAUUUGUAUCUGGAGGUUUUAUCGUGUCUGAUGAAUCCAUUCUAAAUCCAGAAGUUAUCACAAUUGAAAACCUUAAAAAUUUUUUGACAUUCCUCGAAGAACUUAGUACUCCAGAAGGAAAAUGGCAAUGGAAAGUCCACUGUAAAUUUCAGAAAAAACUAAAGGAAUUGGGCAGAUUGAAUGCUAAAGCUCUAAGUCUGUUGACGCUUCUGAAUGUCUAUCAGAAGAAGCACCUGGUUGAAAUUCUGUCAUACCACAAUUGUGAUUCACAAACUCGAAAUGCACCAGAAUUGGAUUGCCUCAUCAGACUUCAGGCUCAGAACGUACAGCAAAGACACAUAGUCUUUUUAACAGAAAAGAAUAUCAAGAUGAUUUCCAGUUAUACAGAUAAUGGAAUAGUGGUUGCAACUACUGAAGACUUUAUGCAAAACUUUAAAAAUCUUGUGGGCUAUCACAACUCAAUCACAGAAGAAAACCUUCCACUGCUUGGUGCUAAUGAGAAUCUUGAGUCGCAGUCAGCUCUUUUAGAAAACGAUGAAAAGGAUGAAGAGGAUAUGUCUCUGGAUUCAGGGGAUGAAAUCUCACAAAUAGAAGUAUGCAGCAAUUUUCAUUCAGAAAUAUUGGCGAAAGAGACCAAAGGAUCACGUGGAACAGAUCAAAAUAAGAAUAUUCAAAUUGAAUUGCAAUCGUCUCUUGACGUGCAAAAAAGUUUAUUAGAAGAUAAGACUUGUCAGAUUGAUUCUGAAGAGAGAGCUUCUGUUGCUCUAGUGUGCUCUGAAGGAGAGAACAGCAGUUCAACUGAACAAGAUGCAUAUAGCAGCUUUCAGGUUUAUCACAGUCAAUUACAUAUGUCCCAUCAGUUUAGUCAUUUUAACGUUCUCACUCAUCAGACAUUUUUGGGGACACCAUAUGCCCUUUCAUCAAGUCAGUCUCAAGAAAGUGAAAAUUACUUUUUAUCUGCUUAUACUCAAAGCUUGGAUAGAGAUAAAUCUCCAUCUCCAUUAAGUUGGGGGAAAAGUGAUUCUUCCAGGCCGUUUUCAAAAGAGAAAUAAUUAUAGUAAUUUUUUUUUUUUUGAAACAGGUUGUUAUGGACUUUGUUUCUUAUAAGUGAAAUAACAAUUUAUAUUUCAUUCUCUAAACAAAAGGUUUCUUGUCCUUUCUCAAAUGUUUUUUUUUUCCUUUUAUUUAAAUCAUGAUGGCCUGUAACAGUUGAAGCAUCUGAAAAUUGAAAUAAAUAUAUAUAUUUUUAACAUAUAUUGUACUUGAAUUAUCUCAUGUUGGCACUUUUAAGUUUUACAUUUAUAUGUCACCUGUACUUAGACUUCAAAUUGAAGCCUGUUUUAUACAUAAAAUUAGAUAUUUGCAAAACCAUAGUAAACAAUAACUUUCCCCCCCCCCCCCGUCAGGAUACCAGCUACUUUUGCUGAAAUGACGUAUCAGUCAACUAUUGUAUUUAUUUUAAGCUUUUGUAUAGUGUUUUUAUACAGGUAUAAGCCAGUGAUGUCAAUAAAUAUUUACAGGAUUUGGCUCAAUACCUCAAGAUUUAAGACCUAGGACUUAAUACCAGGCAGCAUUAUUUUUAUCUUUAAGCUUAGCCAUGUAAAAAUUGCCUGUUGCUAAAAUUUUGCUCAACCUUUUAUUCGAGGGUAUUUGAUAAUUAACAAUUUUCAGUGCUUAGUGUGAAAUUUAACUUACCAAAUUCUCCUAUUUCAAAAGAUAGGUUUGUUUAUUAAAGGUAUUGAACAAAUUUGCUAUGGAUUUUUAAAUUGGUAGUCUUAGCAAAAUGUAAGUAUAUUUUUUGAGGUGUUAAACACUUAAGUGCUGUUCUAAAAAAUAACUUCAAAUUCACAAAGUAUAUGGCGAUCGGUUUUAAAACUAUAUUGGUAAUAACUGCCUGCAUUACAAAUGCAAACUGUUUUUGAAAAUGCAGUUUCCACAAGUGAAAAGAAAAGAAGAAAAAAAAGGAUUUAGAGAAAAGAAAUACCAAAUCAGCUACUCUAGUAAAAGUUGGGAUGUGUUAAGUCAGACCUUCCUUUGGGCCCGCCCUUCAGAAGAACUUAGAAUCUGAGUUCUAACCUUUCAAAUCUUUUUAUAGAGCAAAAUACCUAAGUGGUAUCUUAGUAAUAAGCUUCAUAAGUGUAGAAGAACGUUGUCUGUGAACAGGUCAGAAACCUGUCGUAAGGUAAGUGGAAAGUGUUUUUACAGGACUUAAAUGCCUAGAUUGUGAUAGAGCAGAAAUGUUUUUUUUUCUUUACUAAGCUUUACAAAAAAUGUCCGUUUUAUUGUAAAAUAUAUAUAUAUAUAUAUAUACACAGUGUUGUACUACAUAAUGUACAAGUUUUAAAUAAGCAUUUUUAAUAAAUCUAGGUUAUUUGGAAAAUACAGUUAUGCAAUGAACACAUUUUAUAAUUUAGAAGACAACAAACGUGAAGGAUUUGAUUUUCUACAUUUAAAACGAAGAAUUAAAAUUCUCUUCUUGAUUUGCAGCUAAAGGCAUGAGAUUAGUUUCCAACUCCCUUUGCUUCUGGAGAAGGCCCUGAAAUCACAUUAAUAUGUUAGUGAGGUGUGCAGCAGACUUGCAAAUUAUUCCUAUUUUACAUUUCAGCCCUGCUAACCCAGAAUUCUAUUUACUUUGAAAACCUAUAAUAAUAAAUUCCAUUACUCAGCCAUAGCUUGUCAUGUUGAAUUUUGAACCACUCAAAAAACUUACUCACUUGGAUGCUGUAUACCCAGGAUUAUCUUCUUAGCAUAAAAACCAAGAGGGAUGACUAACUUGUAAAACAAAGUCUCCCCAAUGACAUGGCUCUUAAAAUGGUAAUGAGACACACUGAAGGAGUCUCCCCAAACAUCCAGUGUUUAUCUUGACUGCACUAACCUUAGUGGCUUAGACAAGGCUCUGCUGAAAUAAGACGUGGCUACUAUACAGGUGGGUCACUGUGUACAAUCAUAUAUAUUCCUGCCUCUUGACCUCACAACUUUUACCUCUAUUAAGUGCCUUGUCACUUUAAAGGAAAAUUGAAAAUAUUUACUGCUUGUGACAUAACUCAAUCUAUAUGUAGCCAAAGCUAGCAUUUGGAGAACUGAAGGAUACUUUCUACAUAAUUCUGUUAGUAUGGGUGAUUUUCUAGCUCUGUGAGAAAGAACUAGUAAGCAACUGUUCAAUCAACAAUUUGAAAUGCAAGAGGCAUUAGCAAAUGACUGGACAUGGAAAAGGGCACUUCUAAAGUGGCAGUUUAUUUUUCCUGAUAGAAAAAGGUUAUAGCCUUAAAAUAGUGUGUAUGUUACCAGAUUUUAUUUUUAUCUGACAAUAAUUGGGAGGAAAAGAUGUAGUCUGAUGAGUAAGGUUAUAUGUAUAAUUUCACACUGGAUUAUUCUUUGGGACUUGGAUCACUGUUCUGUUCUGAACACUGCCAACACAUUCAAUUAAAAAAACGUGAACUGCAUUACUAAGAGUUUAUUAAAGCAUAAUUGUGUAUUUUCUGCUUUUGGUUUUAGGGCCUUAUUGAUCAUGUUUUACCUUUCAAAUGUAUGCUUUUUUUUUUUCCCCAUUCAAUAAAAUUGUCUUAAUAUUAGAA